AUGAAAAAAGAUUUGGUUUACUCCCAUUUUUAUUACUUAAAAAUUAAAAAAAAGGAAGCUUAAAGUAAAAAAAUUACAAAUUAAGGCAACUAAAUGUUAUAAGAAAAUAAUUAUAUUAAAAGUGAAUCUAAAUUGGAAUUAACCACCUAAAACAGGGAUGCAAAGGUGAAUUCAUAAAAAUUCGAUGAAUAAAUUCUUAUUAAUCCAGAGUAAAUAAAAUAUGAAUAUUAUUUUCUCGCCAAUUUCUAAAAGGAAAAAAUUAUUUUGGUCACUUUAAAGAAGAAUUCUGGAUAAUAAUUAUAAAAUAUGGCUGGCCAAUUCUCAUACUUAAUAUGUGGAAGAAAUUAAUAAAACAAAUAAGAAAGUACAAAAUAAGCACAUCCUACUGCAAUGACAGAGAGUAGAGUUUAUAAGUUUAACAAAAAUAUUCGAAUUUCCAUUUGGCAGGUAUAAUUGGAACUUCGAAGUCAAAAAUAUUUUGGAAAAGUUAAUCUGUUUACAAAAAUUGGAUUAUUGGAGUAAAUGAGCCGAUUGUAAAUAUUUCAAAAUAGAUUAUUAAGUUUUCUGGGAAUAUUACAUUGUGGUAUUUCAUAAAUGAUAAUUAUUGGAGCAUAUCAAGAAGAUUCCACAAAAUUUCUAAAUUGCCAAACAAAAAAGCAAUUACACUUACAAUCAAGAUGA